AUGCUCGAGCUCCACAGGUCGAGGUUCGUGGAGUGGCAGCCAUCGGCGGUGGUGGCGCUGGCGGUGGCCCCCGGGGGUCGCGCCGUGGCGCUGGCGAGGGAGACUGGGGACAUCGAGGUGUACGAUACGAUCGACUGGAGGUGCAGCGCGAGGAUCCCGGGUCACGAGGGCGCGGCGGUGUCCGCCUUGGCGUGGUGCGCGCCCUUCGACAUCGACGCCGAGGAGGACGACGUCGGCGGCGGCGCCCCGUGCGUGCUCCUCAGCGCGGGGCUGGACGGCCAAAUCACCGAGCACGACCUCAACACGCUGCGGCCCAGGAGCGUGACGGACUCGCACGGAGGAUCCGUCUGGUGCCUCUGCGCGGAACCCAGGCCCAAGCCCGGGCAGCCCCAGCGCGUCGCGGUCGCGUGCGACGACGGCGCGGUUCGCUUCGUCGUGGUCUUGGCUGGCGAGGGCGUGGGCCGGGGCCUGCAGCACCGAAGGGGGUUCGGAGCCGUCGGAGGCAGGUGCCUCUCCCUCGCGUGGCACCCCGCCGGCGUGAACAUCGCCGCGGGUACCAGCAAGGCGCACAUACACGUCUGGGACGUGGCCAACUCGCGCGAGAUUGAGCGCAUCACCGUGCAGGGCAGGGACAAGCUCAACAAGUACGGCAAGGAGGGCGACGAGCUAUGCGUCUGGGCGCUGGACUACCUCCCGGAUGGCACGAUCGUGAGCGGCAGCAGCGAGGGCGACGUCACGUUCUGGGACGGUAAGUUCGGCACCAAGCUGUACACCUUCAAGCAGCACGCCGCGGACGUGUUGGCGGUCGCCUCGUCCCCAGACGGCCGAUUCGUGUACGCGUCUGGCAUCGACUCGCAGGUUGCGCAGUUUGAACGAGUCGACGCGGAUGCGAACACGUGGGCGUACACCACGUGCAAGAGGCCGCACACCCACGACGUCAAGGCGAUGGCGAUGGCGUCCGGCCCCGCGGGAGCCGUGCUGCUCACGGGGGGUAACGACGCUCAGCUUCUCGCGUACCACGCGCACGCGUUUCGCAAGAGGCACCCGGUGCGGGUGGUGUCGGUGCCGCAGAGGACGCCGCUCGCGCUCACCGGCGGCGGGCUGUGGACCGGCGUUAGCGCGACGGGGAAGAAGGGGAAGAAGGGCGGCGGCGGCGGCGGCGCGGACGUCAACGGCAAGUCGGAGAGGAUGGAGGUUAAGCCGCAGGUUGGCCACCCCGACCCGCCGCUGCUCCUCUGCGACCAUUCGCGGUGGGUGGAUGUGUGGCGGCUCGGCGAGGGCAUCCACGGCGGGCCGGGCGGCGCGACGGCGGAGGCCGUGGACUCUGUCAAGGGGCACGACGGGAUGAUGAAACUCGCGGCGGCGCCCACGCACGUCCUGAGGGCCAAGCUCGGCGGCAGCAGACGGACGCUGUGCUCGGCCAUCUCCCCGGAUGGCAAAUUCAUCGCCGUGAGCGACACCCACGCGCUCCGUCUGUUUCAAUUGAUCGUCGAGGAGGGCGGCGAGUACAGGAUCGAGAAGCAGGACACCCCCAAGGGAGUCAACGCCGCGCAGCAGCUGGUGUUCACCCCGGACGGCAAGGUGCUCAUCGCCGUCGGAGCUUCGGGUGCCAUCCACGUCAUCGACCUUCACGCCGGGGAGGCCACCGGGAAGCUCACCGCGCACGUUCCCAAGAUAUCUUCCGCGGCGCUCGCGCUGGAGCAGGCGUCCGCGGCGGCUAAAUCCGGUAAGCGCAAGGCUGGCGACGAGGGAGGCGCGCCGGACGCUGACAAGGGAGCAGUGUCGGUGGAAGACAUCGGAUGCCCCCCGGUUUCGCACGUGUGCUGCAGCGCGGACAACCAGUGGCUCGCGGUGAUCACCACCAAGGGCCACAGGCGCGUCGCGGGCGUGCACGUGUACAGCCUCGAUAACCUGAAGCUACAUGCGUCGCUCCCCGCGCCACCCGGCCACGCGUCCUGGCCCCCGGUAUCAGCCGUGGCUCUGUCGGCGUCGGGCAUCCUGGCGCUGGCGGUGAGGGACAACGGGCUGCUCACGUACGACGUCGAGAGCAAGGAACUGACGCAGUGGUCGUCGACCCUCGCCUCCGCGGGGAUGAGCGCUCCGCGCGAGAUGGCGUCGCUCCCCGGGCAAAUUUGUAACCUCAGCUUCGACCCCACGCCGGGGUCGAGCGUCCUCCUGGCGCAGACCCCGUCGGCGAUUGCGAGAAUGAACCUCUCAAAGAAGCCAGUCGUCGACGCGCCCGCGCCGUCCAAGAAGCGGCGGAAGAGGGAGAGGGAGAGGGGACCCGGCGGGCACGGCGGUGGCGACGGUAAGUCGGAGCUGCAGCCCAGAAACGGUAACCCCGGGCAGGGCGGCGACGGCGACGUCAAGGUGGCCACGUUGGACAACCCGUGCCUGCUGCUCUCCUAUUUCGCACCCAGGCAGGCGCUGAUGGUGGAGAGACCGUGGGAGGAGGUGCUCGAGGCCAUGCCGGCGCCGUUGUACCGCCAUCGCUACGGGACGUGA